CAGUCUACAUUGCGAUAUUCACUAAGGAGCCAGUUUGCAACAAAGAAAUCGGGCGUUGACUUUCAAAAAAAAGAGGAGAAGCAAGCUUUUCGUUAUUCUUUCUCUCUCUUUUCCUCCCUUUCUUUGUGUGUUGAAACUAUGGGAGAGAUUUCCAUCAAGAAAAUAGCUCCAAACUUGGAUCCACGAGGGGUUGAUAAUGAGAGCACAAGAACCUUUUAUGCUGAGGAAUUUAAAAAACUGUCAAAGGAGAAUUCAGCAUGUGCUGUAUCGCCAAGUCAACACAUGGAACAACAAGAAAUGACUGCAACCAUUAAUUUAGAAGAUAUCCCAACAGAUUGUCUACCCAUCGCAAUAUUACCCAGUGAAAUAGCCGCUUUUGAAAAAUUCAUGAUGAAACCAAAUGUUCAAGAUGAACAAAUAUGGACUACACUUGGUUGCUUUAUGCAUCCAUCUGUUGCUGAAGCUUUAGAUAAUGUGGGAAGCGUUAGUGCCUCUGAACUAGAAGAACAUAGUAAACUCAAGUUCCUUAUUCGAUUCUUUAAAGAGAUACAAACGAUAAGGGAAGAUGUCGAAAUCGCCAUCAUGUGCAGUAAUAAAACAUCAGAAAAAAUACUCAUCAACGCGAUCAAAGGUCGAAGUUUCAAAAUUACAAGACUACAAAACAGAGGCUUCCCCAAUGAUGCCUAUGGUCUUGUUUUCUGUCACAGCAGGAGACAAGUCCAACAAAAGGAACGAGAUAUACCAAACCGCGGAUAUACCAUCGACUUGGUUCUACUUGUUGAGGUGCCAAUCGAUACGAAUGCUUACCUUCCUAAACUAUUCAAGGAACGUCCAGUCAGGAUUAUUCAACUCGCCUGUGUAGGAUCGCCUGAAAUAAGACUAUACAACGUUCAGGAACUUUUACGAAAGCAUUCUCGUACAUUAUUACCUCGUACCACUCUCAGAGGCAUGCCACCGCUUAUUUAUAAACAAGUGUUUACAAGGAAGAACCUUUACAACCUAGCCAGGGUUGUCUCUCAAUGGAAUUCUGUGGUAACAGAGACCCUUUUGCGUUGGUUUGUCGAUGGCAGGGAAACACACUAUCGCUUUCAGGCCUUUGAUCAGAAUAGGCGAUUAUUAGAAUAUUUGGAAUCGGCAAGAAAUAAUGGCAGUAAUCCAUCUUCACUUGCUAGUUCACCUCGCUUAUCAAGCGGUCAUUCAUCCUCACAUACUGAUUCAGCAAAGAGAGCCUACUCACCCGAUCACAUGAGUUCCAAGUACCAGGAGCGCGAUAUAAAGAGAUCAAGGGUAAGCUGCUGCUGAAACCGUGAUGUAUUCUAUUUCCUAAUGACCCUUCCAAAAAGGCACCGUCUUCCCCUCCACGUGAC